GAGUCCUGUCCUGCCCGCCGCCCUCUGGCCUCGCCGCCUCCGUGCCCGGGCCUCGCCAGCAUGUCCUUCGUCCCAGGGGCCGAGGACUCCGACUUCCCCAUCCACAACCUGCCCUACGGCGUCUUCUCCACCAGAGGCAACCCAAGACCGAGGAUCGGGGUGGCCAUUGGCGACCAGAUUCUGGACCUCAGUGUCAUCAAGCACCUCUUCACCGGGCCUGUCCUUUCCAAACACCAGGAUGUCUUUGAUCAGCCAGCUCUCAACAGCUUUAUGGGCCUGGGUCAGGCUGCCUGGAAGGAGGCGAGAGCAUUCUUGCAGAAUCUGCUAUCUGCUGGCCAAGCCAGGCUCCGAGAUGACACGGAGCUUCGGAAGCGCGCAUUCACCUCCCAGGCUUCUGCCACGAUGCACCUUCCAGCCACCAUAGGAGACUACACGGACUUCUAUUCUUCUCGGCAGCACGCAACCAACGUCGGCAUCAUGUUCAGGGGCAAGGAGAGUGCGUUGAUGCCUAAUUGGUUGCACUUGCCCGUGGGCUAUCAUGGUCGUGCCUCCUCCGUAGUGGUGUCUGGCACCCCAAUCCGAAGACCCACGGGACAAAUGAGACCUGACGACUCCAAGCCGCCUGUGUAUGGUGCCUGUAAACUCCUGGAUAUAGAGCUGGAGAUGGCUUUCUUUGUAGGCCCCGGGAAUAGAUUUGGGGAUCCGAUCCCCAUUUCCAAGGCCCACGAGCACAUCUUUGGGAUGGUCCUUAUGAACGACUGGAGCGCUCGAGACAUUCAGAAAUGGGAGUAUGUCCCUCUUGGACCAUUCCUCGGGAAGAGUUUUGGGACCACCAUCUCCCCAUGGGUGGUGCCCAUGGAUGCCCUCAUGCCCUUUGCUGUGCCCAACCCAGAUCAGGACCCCAGGCCCCUGCCGUAUCUCUGUCAUGACCAGCCCUACACGUUUGAUAUCAACCUGUCUGUUGCCCUGAAAGGAGAAGGAAUGAGCCAGGCCGCUACCAUAUGCAGGUCCAACUUUAAGUACAUGUACUGGACGAUGCUGCAGCAGCUCACUCACCACUCUGUCAAUGGCUGUAACCUGCGCCCGGGGGACCUCUUGGCUUCUGGAACCAUCAGUGGGCCAAACCCAGAAAGCUUCGGCUCCAUGCUGGAGCUGUCGUGGAGGGGCACGAAGCCCAUCGAGCUGGGCAACGGGCAGACCAGGACGUUUCUGCUGGACGGAGAUGAAGUCAUCAUCACAGGCCACUGCCAGGGGGACGGCUACCGUGUUGGCUUUGGCCAGUGUGCUGGGAAAGUGCUGCCUGCUCUGUAGCCAGCGUGAACUUCUCUCUGCUCUUCUGGAGAUGAAGGGCUCAUGCCUGCCCCAACCCCGCGACCAUGACCAUAAUUGGGACCCAGGCCUCCCACGGGUCGCAGGCCUGGUUCUUCAUUCAGUGAUAAAUAAAGCCGUCGUGCCGCCUCCACAGCCUGAGGCCC